AUGCGUCUAACAGGAAAGACCGGCACGCCCUGCAGUUGUUGGAGCUUCAUGCUGACGCAGCGGGAGUUGCGACUGGCUGCAAGUAUGAGGUUGUUCAAAAGGGAAACUCCUCGUCCUCGCGGCAUACACAGCCUUACGCGAACCAAAGUCCAGACUGGCGGCAAAGUAAGCCUAGCAGGAAUUGUGAACCUUCAUGUGCGUGCAAGUGAGUGGUUUUGA